AUGUUCAAAAAGCGACGCGCCCCCCAGCAGCCGCCGCCACCGAGCGUGCAUGUGGAAAACCUUGAAGGCAAUGCCAUGGAUCGCAGCAAUUCCCUUGUCACCCCCACGCGCAUCGGCAAAUCCCGCUCGAUGCGCUUCCUACGCCACCGCCGCAAGCAACGCCAGACAGUUGAAGAUUACUAUUUCAACGAGACAGAAGCCCAACUUGAGGACGAUCCCACCGCCAUCACCGAUCCCGACAUCAAUGCACUCAAAUCCUUCAAGUCCACCAACAUCAAUCCCGAAGCCGCCUGGUUUGGGAAUGAAGCUCAACCUUUUAGCAGCGAAGUGUCUCAGGCUGAGACCGAUACCCUUUCUGUCACCCCGCCCGUUUCUCGCCUCGUUGAGCGUACUGAUACACAACGCACUGCAGCCUCUUUCAAUCCCGCCGCGUCUACUCUUUCCCGACGCGUCAGCAACACCCGCUCCUUUUCUGCUGGCUCGGAAACCGCUUCACUGCACGCCCACACCUCCGUUCACGCCGGCCCAGCUGAGGAAGAUCUUUGCGUGCACAACUUUCGCCACACCGAUACACGCUUCUAUUCACCCAGCCUCAAGUCCAAUCGCUCCCAACGCAAUGGGGCCACGAGUGCUGAAUCCGCCGUUCAACUCGGCCUCCACAUUAUUAUUCGUGGUGCCGAGGGGCUUAUGGCAGCCGACAGCAACGGUACCAGUGACCCCUUUGUCAUCAUUCGUCUUGGCAAACACAAAGAACAGACAAAGGUCAUCAAAAAAACCACCGAGCCCGACUGGAAUCAGGACUUUUUCAUCCCCCUCACCUCAGAGUCCCCCACGGUACUGGAGCUCGAAGUCUACGACAAAGAUACACUCUCUCAGGAUUACCUGGGUUCCGUUCGCUACGACUUUUCUCAGCUCGUCGUGAACAAGGCCCAGCCCGUCACCGUGGCACUCAAGGAUCACGGCAAGAGCAAGAAACCGCUCCCCAACAACAACCUGGGCUACAUCGACUUUGAACUGACCAAGAUGCCCAUGAACAGUAACCUCCUGGGCUCGUCACGGCUCGGCGAAUCCAACAACGAAGCUGGCUCGCGCCUCGUGACCGUCGAUGUCAUCGAGGCCUGGGAUCUGCAGCCAUGGGACGACAACGGUCUUGCCGACCCCUACGUGCGCCUCAGUAUUCGCAAGCAAAAACGCAAAUCCAAGGUGUGCAACAAGACGUUGCACCCAGUCUGGAAGCAGCGGUUUGAGUUUGCAGUACACGAUGCCACAAGCAAUCUCCUCAAGAUUGAGCUCUACGAUCGUGAUCCGGGCAUGUCCGAUGAACUCAUGGGCCACUGUGAGAUUGACCUGACCAAGCUCUCCAUGGAUCACACGCACUCCCUCAAAAAGUCAUUGGGCAAGCCCGAGGACGGCGAGAUUUAUCUGCAGGUCACUGUGACCGACUUUUUCGCUCGCAAGGCACUUACGGGCCUCAAGGAUCUGGCACCUGCCGAAGCGGCCCAAUACGUGGGCAUGCUCAAAGUGUACAUUCACAUGGCACGUGGCCUAGCUGCGCGCGACAUGGGCGGCACAUCGGACCCAUUUGUAGUGUGUGAACUUGGCAAUAGCCGCCAACGUACUCGCACGAUCCAAAAGAACGUCAACCCCGUUUGGAAUGAUACCCUACAAUUUUAUGUUCGUGAUAUCUUUGAUGUCUUGCGCGUAACCAUCUAUGAUGAGGACAAGGGUGACAAAAAGGAAUUCAUCGGUGCCCUCAUCAUUCCUCUCCUGGAGAUUCGAAAUGGCGUUCGCGACUACUGGCCACUCAAGACUGCCUCGCUCACGGGUCGGGCCAAGGGCAAGAUCCAACUGAGCAUGGAUCUGCAGUUUGAUGCCCUCCGUGCCUACAGCCGCGUCAUCAAGCCUGUGGAAGAGCGCAACAUGGAUGAAGAGCCCAAGUUCAAAUUACCAAUUUUCAAAAACAACAUCCGCCGCUUCACAUCAGUCAUCAAGAUGGUGGUGGGCGGUGUUGGCGUGGUGGACAAGAUGUUCAAGUGGGAGUACGGCAUUGGUUUCACGCUAUGCUCGAUCGUGUUCUGGGUGUGGAUGACGCUGUUCUUGCAAGUGUACCACGUACCAUUGCUGGUUGCACUGCGGCUGGGCUACAACUGGUUUACAGAUCCGGCGGCGCGCUCUCUCGUUUCGAGCAAGGAUGAGCUCGAGUCGUAUGACGAGUAUGCCUCAGAUGAGGACGACGAAAGCGACGAGGAGGAUACCAAAGGCAGCAAAAAGAGCAAGCAGGGUAUCCGUGAGCGCGUUCGUGCCAUUCACUCCGUCGGUCAAAAUGUGCAAAACAAGAUUGGCGAGGUGGCCUCGCUCGGUGAAAAGUUUAAAAACCUGUGCAACUGGAGCAUCCCAGCCAUGACGGCCAUGAUUGUCGGCGCCAUGCUGGUGGCCUCGAUCGUACUCUUCUUCUGCAGCAUUCGCUACUUGCUCUUGAUUGGCGGUUUGAAGCGCUUCUUUGAUUGCGGCGUGCGCAAGUAUGUGACGGAGCGGCGGAUGCGACGCAGCCGCAGUGGACAGAGUGGACCCACCAAGCCCAAGAGCAAUCCAGCUCUGGCUAUUUUGCGGCGUGUGCCGGAUGACAUUGAAAAAAUGCAGCGCCGCAAGUUGAAGAUGCCCAACACCAAAGAACGCGGAUCGAGGCCGUCCAUGGCCAGGCGGCAAACCUUGGAAGCCUCGCAACGCGACGAUAUGGGGGAUAUUCAAGAAGAUUUUGACUAGCGGGCGUGGACAUGCAAAGGAUGUCUGCCAACGCCAGCCUAGAUUCUGGACUGCCUAUCCAUUGUGUGCUUGAUAUUUACUGUGAUGUCCGACUUUCUUUCAGGGUUGUGUGCAUCAAGGAGCGCAACUCAUGACCGUCUCAGCAACAUGUG